CACAUUUCGUGCCGAGCAGCACGAAACAAGCGGGUCCGAGCGUUUGACGUGAUUAGGCAAAAAGCACAUGGUCGCUCGAUGGGAGUUGGGCGGGGAUCCAUGCAAGUUCAGGCAGGAUGCAGAUCAAGCCAACAGAAUCAAGGGGGGAGACAGCUGUCGAUGAUAUCUCAAGUCAGGCGUGGUCGCGCAAAGAAUCUUGAGAGGGUGCGUAAACGCGAUUAUCAUGUUCUCAAUUGCUGUCAUUGGACGCUUGCCGAGAGUGAAUCAAGUGCAUAUCCUGUUCCUGCACGAACAGAAAUCGUCCAGGUUCCCUCUCGCCCUUCCUUUCCUCGUGCAUACCAUCUCGGCCAUUCGGGAAGAGUUCUAGCGAGAAAAACACACACAGCAGAGUGCCAUCAAACACCGCCACAUCGGAAAACUAGGGAAUUCUGCUUGUACACUGCCCUCUUCAACAUGUUCCGCCCUAGAAGAUGGUAUAAGUGGGACCGCGAAAGUGCAGCAUACUGCAUUCUCUCUUCUCUCGACGUCGCACCGCGCCGGCAGAGUAAACUGGAAAGUCAAGCGCUGACCCGGGCGUGGGAAACCCAGAGCUGGCUUUAGAUAACUCUGCUACGUCUUCGAGUUGACCGUCCGUGCUUCUUGUCUCCCGGCAUCAUCAUGGCUCAAAAUCCCUAUAAUAACGCGCAAUGGGGAGAUCAGUACUCUGACCCAUCCCAGCCCCGGAUCCAGCUUGAGCAGGAGUUCGAGUAUUCGCUACCCCAGCAGUCACACUCCGGUCCAAGCUUCCAGCCCAACUUCCAGUUCGGCAAUGGCAGCAGUUUACAAAACUCAUUCGCCCAGUCCCAGGCUCGCAGUUCAUCAUACCCUCGUCCCAGUCACAGUCCGUCCGGCUCGGUCGAUCGCUCUCAUUUCAUCGGUGUCUCGACCCCUCAACAACACCUCAGCAGCUUCUCCUUUGAUAACCAAGCCUCCGGUUUCUUGAAUCCAGAGUCGCAUCCUCAAUACCACAACAACAUAUCCUCUUACAACCUCCAGAUGUCCGCGACACCUACCCCGGUCACAGCGACCAGCCUUGGUGCCGGCGGUUCGGGGGAUGUGCGGCCCCAUCACCAGUCAUCGGCGCCCUACUCACAGGCUCCGCCGAGUCUGCGCCAACAGCCGAAAACCAAGCGCCAUCGUACCGUCGACAUCGUGCGUGAUGAGAAGGAUAACGAGGACCUGGAAGGUGAAGAGGAUAGCAACGCCCGUGCUAAACCACUGGGAGCUUGCGCGCGAUGCAAGACCUUGAAAGUCAAAUGCGAGCUCAAAACCGAUACAGAUCCGUGCAAGCGGUGUUUCAACGGCGGGUACGAGUGUGUCACCCCGGGACGGAAGAAACGUCGCACACCGCCCAAGCGCGAGCAUCUGCUCAACCAGAUCCGCGAACAAGCAGCUGAAAUCCAGCAGCUGAUGGCCCAAUUGGAGAAGACGAACAACGCGCCCGUCAAGCCACCGAAUACCGCCGCGACGGACACGUUCCCGCUGUCGCCAAGCUCCUCUGGCAUCCAUUCUCCGGUGCUCUCGCCGACAUCAAACGGGUCGUACUUUGACGCGGGAGUCAUCGGGCCGGCUUGUCCGGACAACGUCGAAACGAACAAGGUCGUCGAGGACUGGAUCGCAAAGGCUCGCGGUAGUCUCGCCGAGUUUGAUGGCUUCAUUGGGAUCGGCGGUGCUGGGUUGUCAAAGCGCUAUCUUGUCGAGGAAGAUCUCGAGGACUCGAGCAGCGGGGAUGACGAUCAUGCGGUCAGUGACGACGAUGAUCUUGGCGAUGGAACGACGCAUGGCGGUGCUGUCGACAUAGAAGUCAUGGAUUCAGAUGGGGAAGAGGUGCCUGUCGGUCAUAGAGGUCACCGAGGUGUCAAAGAUCGGCAGAUGUCCAACUCUUCAUCCACCACUGAUCGGAAUCCGAAAAAGAAGGACAGCGGAAAUACGAAACUGGCGACACUCCCCAGUGAAGCAAGUCCUUUCGGCCUGAUGGCUGACCUGAGUCUGAAGACUGGUCUGGCUGAGAGUCCUGAAGCCGUGGACGCGCCGGCCCUUGGCGUCGCCAACGCAGAUUUCUUCAGAUCAAGCCCUACACCGGAUCCAAUGCGGGGACGACAGCUCAACCCAGCUAUGCCCCAUAUAUUGACUCGUGGCGUGAUAACCCCCCAGGAGGCCGAGAAGUUGUUCGAUAUCUACUUCCAAUGCAUGAACAUCUCAGUGUCGCUACUCGAUCCGGUUCUCUACACGCCUCAGAAGACGUGCUUCCGGAGUCCUUUCUUGUUCACAGUCGUGUGUGCCAUCGCAUCUAGAUUCUACACCGAGCGCCCGGAGCUGUACAACCAGGCCAUGCAUUUUGCCCAGUUGGCCGCUGGGACAGCCCUGAUCGGGGGCCACCCCAAGAUGGCGAUCGACCUGAAUCUCCACCUCCCCAACACCGCCAAGCCGAUCAACGAAAGCCACGAGCGAGAGAUGCUCAAUCGAACGCGCGUUUGGCUGAACUGCUUCAAUCUCGAUCGGUCCACCGGCUCGCAGUACGGCAAGGCGCCUACAAUCAGCAACAGCGAUUACAUGGCCAACCAUUCCGAGGACUGGUGGCGCAAGUCGACGUACAACAUCCCCAAUUUCGACAUCCACAUCUGCGCUUACAAUUCCGAGCUUAAAGUAAUGGCUGGUUUCAUGAGCAAGAUCUACAGCGACCCGGAGCAUCCCACUGGUUUGAACAAGGUUGGCGAAUCACUCUCCUCGGAGGUUGCUCUGACCGCGGUGCAGAACGUAGACUUUGAAAAAGUGGCUGCCGAAACGGACGAAGAAUUGAAGCGUCUGGGAGAAAAGUGGCAGAGUGUAUUGAACGAAACCGAUGUUUGCGAUCCGCAGAACUGUUUCCGGACAGGGUUGCUCAAGCUUGCUUACGGUUAUGCUCGCCUUGUCGCCCUUUCGUUUGGGUUCCAACAUGCUUUCGGCAAGAACCACUCGGACGAGAACCCCUUCUUGAACAGGUGCCUCGCUGCUGCUACUGAUGUUGUGAUUGCCCUGGUGGACGAUGUAGGCAGACCAGAACAACGCAUCUACUUGCGCCAUGGACCGAUAGCCCAAAGUGUGUUUGCCACAUUUGCUGCUUCCAUCCUCGUCAAGUUGUUGCAGCCCAAGUUUUCAUCCUAUCUGACUGCCGAAAAGCGGCAAGAGAUGCGAGGGCUGGUGAAGAAAGUGAUCGACCUGCUGGGAUCUCCGGAUGUCUCGAUCGACGACAAACAUGGGCCUCAUCUCUACGCGCGGUUCCUCAAGGGUCUGCUCGCCGCUCCUCUGGUGAAGGACUCCCGCCCGCGCCGAAGCGUGCGGAACAGCUUGGGACUGGGCGAUUCCAUGGAGCUCGCGUCAAACCACACUUCGCCCGAGGCAAGCGACACGUUGUCCCCUGCCCCGACCACGGCGGCGCUCUCCUUUGACCGAUUUGCUCCGCCGCUCGGGGGCAGCAUCGAUCCGUUCAUGCCUUUGGUGCAGGAGCAUCACAGUGCGCUCGGGCUCGAGGCGGAUAUGUCCCCUCCGGAUUUCUUCCCUGCAUCGGCACCCUACAAUCCAUCAGGCAAUGGCACGUACGAUCCCUCAUGGCAAGGCACGUCGUUCGCUUCAGCUCUCCAGUCGAUUCUUGUUCUAACCCGUUUGUGGACAGACUUCUCCUGGCUGAACCAAGGCUGGACCAACGGGAUGUACACUAACCAGACAUUCCAUCAGUAG